CGAGAAAAUUGAGCAGUUCGGUAACGAUUCAUUGAAGUGAAGUGCGGUUUGUUGUGGUCUGUGAAUUUUACAUUUUAUUGUGUUUAUUAGUGUUGUGAUGGCCGCCCGGCUGUAGACUUCCCCAUCGUCGCAGACUCAGACACACGCAGGAGAAAUGAAAAUGGUGUUGUCGCAGCGUCAGAGGGAGGAGUUGAAUAAAGCAGUGGCAGACUAUCUGAGCAGCAAUGGCUACCUGACGGCGUUGGAGGGUCUCAAGAAGGAUGCGGACAUGCCGGGAGAGGUGGAGAGGAAGUACGGAGGACUGCUGGAGAAGAAGUGGACUUCAGUGAUCCGCCUGCAGAAAAAGGUUCUAGAGCUAGAAUCAAAACUGUCAGAAGCAGAAAAGGAGUACAUUGAAGGAGCACCGACACGAACGAAGCGAUCGCCUUCAGAGUGGGUCCCUCGGCCACCGGAGAAGUUCUGUCUGUCCGGCCACCGGGGCCCAGUCACUAAGGUGAUCUUCCACCCGAUCUUCAACGUGGCUGUGUCGGCCAGCGAAGACGCCACAAUCAAAGUGUGGGACUUUGAGUCUGGAGAGUACGAGAGGUCAUUACGAGGACACACUGACUCCGUGCAGGACAUAGCCUUCGACUCCAGUGGGAAACUGCUAGUGUCGUGCAGUGCAGAUCUGAGCAUCAAGCUGUGGGACUUUCAGCAGACGUACCAGUGUAUCAAGACAAUGCACGGACACGAUCACAACGUCAGUGGUGUCACAUUCAUGCCCAACGGGGACUUUGUCGUCUCCUCUUCCAGGGACAAGACUAUUAAGAUGUGGGAAGUUGCGACUGGUUACUGUGUCAAGACUUUCACUGGCCACAGAGAGUGGGUUAGGAUGGUGAGGGUGUCUCCAGAUGGCAGCUACAUUGCCUCUUGUUCCAACGACCAUACAGUCAGGGUCUGGGUCGCUGCCUCCAGGGAGUGCAAGGUGGAGCUGAGAGACCACGACCACGUGGUAGAGUGUGUGGCCUGGGCCCCUGACAGUGCUCACGCAGCCAUCAAUGAUGCGGCUGGCACUGACAACAAGCGAGCCACAGAGGGACCCUUCCUAGUCUCCGGCUCCAGGGACAAAACAAUCAAGGUGUGGGACGUAGGCAUCGGCGUGUGUCUGUUCACAUUGAUCGGCCACGACAACUGGGUGCGAGGCGUUCUGUUCCAUCCAGGAGGCAAGUUUCUGGUGUCCGUGUCUGACGACAAGACCAUGCGAAUUUGGGAUGUGCGCAACCGCCGCUGCUGCAAGACGAUAGAGGCGCACACACAUUUCUGCACCUCCAUUGAUUUCCACAAAUCGCAGCCAUUUGUGAUCACGGGCAGUGUCGAUCAGUCCGUCAAGAUCUGGGAAUGCCGCUAAUGCUCCUCCCCCUCGUACACUCUUAACUUAUUCCUUUUCAAUCGAAUGCCGACAAUUGAAAAGCUUAAAUCAGUGUCUCAUCGAAUACGUUUCGUAGUGUAGACUGUUUUGUUAUGUUUGGAGGCCGCGAUUAAUCCACCAUUGAUGCUACAGUAACGUCGGUGAAGUCAUCGCGUAAUCAUUCUGCCAACAAACGCAAUCGCUGCAUCUGUGAUUCCGGUUAAGUGUGAAAUUGGUUAAGUACUGUAACGAAAUUUUCUUUGGCUCAAACAAGACAUCAGAUUUUAAUUUAAAAUUAUAUAGUUGAUUUGAGCUACAAACUAUAUACUAUAGUGGUCAUGCAAGAUCUUUAAUUAAACAUUGGUAUUUUCCGGAUGGAUAAAAAUGCAACGUUUAAACGUGAGUUGUCAAUUGUUUCUUAAAUUGGUUAUCAGUGCAACUCAUAUUUGAUUCAUUAAAGUGUUUAAAGUUUUAAUACAGCAUUUUUAUUCAAAUGAGCUUUUGUUAUUGUAUAUUGAAAGCUUAUCGUAUAGUCAAGAUUGAGUUUUAAAAGCGUUAAUCAAACUAUAAUCAAUUUUUAACUAUCUAUAAGAAACAGUUGGUUUGGAUUAAUAGUUACCGUUGUAUAAUCUUAAAAAAUAGAUUCAGUCUUAAAUUACAACCUAAAUUCGUCUAAAAACCUGGCUCUUAGUUGUAAGGAAUUUGUUGUGUCUAUUAUAGUUUUAUUACUGUUUGUAUGAAUUUAAUUUCUUGUCAUAAAGAGAAUCUAGUUUUUUAAUUAUUUUCCAGACACAAACCUUAUCAUUUAUUUUUUAGUGAAUUUGCUGGAUAUUCAUCAGCGGGAAAGAGUAAUUUUAAAGGUUUAUUACUGUUUUCACUAGUUUGAAAAGUUAGUGAAAUACAGUUAAGGGAAGGGCACACAAUGAAUCUGAUCUUUUAUAUUUAAAUAUUUAAUCUGGUUUUAAUUAUAAUAAUCUUUUUGUUAAAUCAAUACCAACCUUUUUAAAGGUUAAUUUUUCUUAUGUAUUUUUCCUUGUAUUUUAGGUUGAGUUAACAUAAUACUUGGUCAUAAUUUAUACAUAAUAUAGCUGCUGAGCAUUCAAGUAAGAUUAUUAAUUUUACAAUCAUAUUAAAUAAUAUAAUGUGUUGAUCAUUACAAAAAAUUCAACAUUUCCAAAAAGCGAAGAGGAAAUCUGGAUGUAAAUAGAGUGUGCGCCUUACCAGCUCAGUAUCUUCUCGCGGUAGACACGUUUCGUAUCUAGCUUUUGUAUGUCGAGGCUUCAUGUGCGCACGCAUCCUAGCCCCGUUUGUUUGCUGUACAAAUUGCAUUCAUCACAACUGUAUCGUUGUUUCAUUUUUUAUCAUGAAUAAAUGCAAUAUUCGACAUAUUGUAGACAGCAAA